GAAGUCUCUGCACGGAAUUGCCCCUCUCCCCUCCCCCAAACCUCCCACCAUAGCGGAAGCGCCUGGGAGAGGACAGCGCGCGCGGGAUUGACAGGCCCGCGGUUCCAAUCUGCUCUCGGGAGGUUCCAAAUGAGAACGUUGAUUUCUGGGGGCGGGACCACGGGUGUGCGCUCGGCCAAUGGAGAUCGGGCGGGAGUGGAGCUGACAAUGUACGCAUGGAAUUGGAGGGAAGAGGAGUGUAAACACGGAAGUGGCCGCGGGUGGGGGAUGUGCAGCGCCACUGCUGCAGCGGAAGGGCACGGACUUAAGUUACACCGAAAAAGCAGCUUUGCUCCCGGGCCGACAGCGCAGCGAAGGCCCGGGCUUUGUGGCGCUCUGCUUGAAUAUUCUUGAUGGUGCCGCAAGCGUGCAUGCUCCUUUCCCCGGCUCUUUUCCUGUCCACAUCCGUGGGGCCUGGACGAGGAGAAAUAGUCACCACGCAGUAAUGUCGUAACAGACCCGGCAUGCUGUACACCCAUUGUUGUUAGGUAGGGGGUCUUGAGUCUACUUGUUUGGCAAAAUUGAAUUGGUUCGAUUGAGGAUAAGCCAUGGACGCACUUGUAUCGCUAAAUUUAACAGAACUCUAUAAAUUCAAGUACGAUCUGGAGUAAUAGAACCUUAUGUACUGUGUAACACACAAUGGUGAACAGCCUUUUUUUAUGGAAUGCAUAUUAUACUUUUCGGAAGUCCCAAGGAAAGUCAGUUUACUGAGUGAUUAAACAUAUUUUUGACAGUUACUUUCUGAUCAGAAUACGAAUUUAAGUUGCAGUGACGAGAAGCAGAGAGUGAUGAGAACUUGGUUGCUCUGUAAAUCGUCAGUCCACGAAUGCAGUAUUAAUUAGUAAAGGUUUCUGGAUUUAUAUCAUUGGUGCUCUGGACACUUAGAAUUGUUGGGUGGAAUAUGUGCGCUUCAGGAUACGUUAUUUCCCGUGGUUAUGAAUGCCUGGGAAAGAACACUCUGAAGUAAGAGGGGCCUAACUUCUGCUAGUGAGAAGUGUUUUCUUUCUUACUAUGAACUUUGGGACUAUCAGCAAAAGUGAAUGUUACUCUUACAUAGUUUGCUUGGAGUGGAUAUUAUAUUAACAGGCUUUAGUUUGAAAAUACACAAGUUUUGGCAUCUUUUUAUAAGGCUUUUGUAUUUGUUUUUGUUUUGAGGUGCUGGGGAUCUGAACCCAGGCCUCUUGCACGCUUGACAAGCGCUCUGUCACUGAGCUGCAUCUCCGGGUCUGAUCCUCCAGUUCCACUGAAUUCGUUAGUACUAUAUAUACAGAUCUUACAAUUACGGUUUCUGUCUUGAUGAUAAUGUGCUGUAGAUAAUUUUGCAUGUAAUUAUUUUCACAUUAUUUCUUCAGUCCUGUUCAUGUAACCUGAAGCUCCCUUACAGGCUUUGUUUUAGAAAGAAACUUCAGACAGGUUUGCUGAUUUACUCAGUUUAUUCAGUGAAUUAAAAGUUGGAGGAGUAAAGAUGAUCCAAAAAUUUAAGAUUCAGGGCUCUAAAAUUUUUUUAGUUUUUUUGAGGUGGGACUGGAGUUUGAACUCAGGAUUUCAUGCUUGCAAAGUAGGUGCCAGUCUGUUUUCCUCGGGUUGUUUUGGAGAUGGGGGGGUCUCACAAACUGUUUCACCCGGACUGGCCUCAGUCUCUCAAGUAGCAGGUGUACCAUCCAGCUAUGGAUCUAAAUUCUUACUACUGCCAGUUUCCAGGAGCAUUAGGGGAGUAAUGUUAGUGAAUUUUGUGUUUGUAAAAUGGACACAGUGUCCCUUUUAUCUAUGUCAGGAGACAAAUGGAAAUCUAACGGAAAAUGUCACUAGUGAUUGCAGUAGUGGGCUGGUGAUUCGUGUAGUUGAAUGCUGUUGUUCGCUUGACAGUUGUUUCUUUGUAAAUUAAAUCAUUUCUUAAGUCACCACUACUGUUACAGAUUGAGCUUCUGUUAUCCCCCUUUGAAACUUUAAGUAUAGGGUGUAUGUACUCCUUUAGCUGUCUGUAUUUGUGCUCUCAGUGGAGUUAAGUAAAUAAAGCUUACUGGUUACUAAUUACUGUCAUCUUAACAUGUAAAAUAUGUUGUGGUCAAGACUUUCCAUGCUUUCUAAAACUUUCGCUGGGAACCUGAUGCAUGAGAAUGAGUUUUGACCCUGCAGGCGGUUAAGGGUCUGUGUGUAGCCAUCACUAGUACUGUGUGCUGGUGACUUACUCUUUAGGGCUUCAUUUUCUAUAAGAGGACAGGGUUGACUAGGUGAUCUCUAAGGACUUCUAAAGCUCUAAAAUUGUGAGUUAGCUCAAAACGUUUAAUGGAAAGAUAAGGCUUCUCUUUAUUUGUUAAAUACACAUAUGGGUGAAUAUGUCUGUAAAGUCCUCAUAGAACUAGAGGUUAGUUUCUUCUAGUCAGUCUUUGGACAUAUAAAAUGUGCCAUAUUGGAUUGAGGGUAUGUAUGUGUAUUAAAUGAGAUAGUUUAUUUAAUAAAUUCAGUCUAGUUGAUAGAUGAAUAUAGGAAACACAGAUGUCUGACAGUGUUACUGCCCUAAUGUUUAAGUGAAAAUAUUAAGUGUGUACAGCCUGUAUUUUCUGGAGAAUUUUUAGUUUAAAAUAUUCUUAUUCUCAAAUGCAUGUUCCUUGAGUUUUUCCUUUUCUAAGUUUGAGAAGUAAGGCCACCAGAAAUUUUUGCUCUGCAAUGCAGUUAUUAAAUGAAGAGAGAGACUUUUCUAGAAGUUAGCCUAAAUCAUUUCACUGAUAACAAUAAAUGUGUAUUUUGUCAAGGUUCAUCAUGAAAUUUGAAGUUGAAACUGUCAUUUCUGAUUUACCAUAAAUCGGAAUAUCUCGUUAAAGUGGAAGCAUCCGUUCAUAGCAGUAAUGCACACUGUACAGAUAAGACCAUCGAAGCUGCCGAGGCCCUGCUUCAUAUGGAGUCUCCGACCUGCUUGAGGGAUUCAAGAAGUCCUGUGGAAGUGUUUGUCCCUCCUUGUGUAUCAACUCCAGAGUUUAUCCAUGCUGCUAUGAGGCCAGAUGUCAUUACAGAAACUGUAGUGGAGGUGUCAACUGAAGAGUCUGAACCAAUGGAUACCUCUCCUAUUCCAACAUCUCCAGAUAGCCAGGAACCAAUGAAAAAGAAAAAAGUUGGUCGGAAACCAAAGACCCAACAAUCACCAAUUUCUAAUGGGUCUCCUGAGCUGGGAAUCAAGAAGAAACCCAGAGAAGGAAAAGGAAACACAACCUAUCUGUGGGAGUUUCUUUUAGAUUUACUUCAAGAUAAAAAUACUUGUCCCCGGUAUAUUAAGUGGACCCAGAGAGAAAAGGGCAUCUUCAAGCUUGUGGAUUCAAAGGCUGUCUCAAAGCUUUGGGGGAAGCACAAGAACAAGCCGGACAUGAACUAUGAGACUAUGGGACGGGCCCUGAGAUACUACUACCAGAGGGGAAUCCUUGCGAAGGUAGAGGGCCAGAGACUAGUUUAUCAGUUCAAGGAUAUGCCCAAGAACAUAGUGGUCAUAGAUGACGACAAGAGUGAAGCGUGCAGUGAAGACUUGGCCACCGCAGAUGAAAAGUCUCUAGAGCGAGUGUCGCUGUCUGCAGAAAGCCUCCUGAAAGCAGCCGCUUCUGUCCGUGGUGGGAAAAGCUCGUCUCCUCUAAACUGCGCCAGAGCAGAGAAGGGCGUGGCUAGAGUUGUGAACCUCACCUCCCCGGGUCACGGUCACGACACUGCCUCCCGCUCUCCCACCACCGCGUCCUCUGUGUCAGCAGCUGCAGCUCCCAGGACAGUUCGUGUGGCAAUGCAGGUACCUGUUGUGAUGACAUCCUUGGGUCAGAAGAUUUCAACCGUGGCAGUUCAGUCCGUAAAUGCAGGUGCCUCAUUAAUGACCACCACUAGCCCCACAACUGCAGCCUCUCCAAAGGUAGUCAUUCAGACAAUCCCUGCUGUGACGCCAGCCUCCGCUGAAAACGGGGACAGAAUUACCAUGCAGCCUGCCAAAAUCAUCACCAUCCCAGCCACCCAGCUCGCACAGUGUCACCUGCAGACAAAGUCCAACCUGGCGGGGUCGGGAAGCAUUAACAUUGUUGGAACCCCGCUGGCCGUGAGAGCACUUACCCCUGUGUCAAUAGCGCACGGUGCCCCUGUCAUGAGACUGUCGGUGCCUGCUCAACAGGCGUCUGGUCAGACCCCUCCUCGGGUCAUCAGUGCAGUCAUAAAAGGGCCUGAUGCCAAAUCAGAAGCAGUGGCGAGAAAGCAGGAACAGGAUGUGAAAACCUUGCAGCUGGUAGAGGACAAGCCAGCAGAUGGGAAUAAGACAGUGACCCACGUAGUAGUGGUCAGUGCACCCUCAGCCAUUGCCCUUCCUGUGACUAUGAAAACCGAAGGGCUGGUGACAUGUGAGAAAUGAACACGGCUUCACCUUGGACUUCAGACUGUUGGUAUACUGACGUAACAUGGCAAGGGAAUUCAUGGAGAAAGUCAGAGGAAGACUUUAAAAUGUUUUUAAUGCAUAAAAGAAGCAAUCAGACUUACUGGAAAUAAAUUACCUGUCCCAUGUUUCAGUGGGAAAUGAACUGCACGUGGAGAUGCUGACAGAAACCGCCUCCUACAGAGGAAGCGACUUGACUCAUCAAGAGGAGAGAGACUUGAGAGGGACCAAGCGGCUCACUACACUGUCAGGUUACACUAAGACCCGGAACACUAACAAGCCACCUGUAGGAGGUGACAGUUUUCAGUGGGGAGGACUGGGAUGGGUGGUGUCAUUGUUACAAAUUGAAAUAUUUGAUGCAUUUUAUAUGCAAACCAGCAAUUAUUACUGUGUUCGCACAGUGCUCACUUAACUGGUGCUAUGUGAAGACUGCUAAUAUAGGUAUUAUAGAAUGUGAACUGAGGAACGGAUCCAAAAGCUUCAGAGAGGAUAGCAAAAAAUCUAGUGUGAGUUUUUAUAUAUAUAUAUAUAUAUGUACAUACACACACAUACAGAUAUGUGUGUGUAUGUGUAUAUACAUAUAUACCAUAUAGCUUAAGCUGAUUUAAAACAAAGGCCUUAGACUAAUUUUUGGUUUUCUUUCUUGAAAUAAGCUAAUGGCUUGUUUGUGUAAAGCUUUUUUAUUAAAAGAAAACUUUUAAAAAUCUUGUACCUAGCACAGUAUUGUUAAUAGAAUUUACAUGGAACAUUUUAUAGUUUAAGUCUGUCGGUUUCUUAAUUGUGGACAAAUUAACAGUCGGCCUUUUGCUGUAACACACCGUGUCACUCACUCAGCCCUGGCACCUGUGCGGACACAUCAGUUUCAGUUCCACUGUUCUUGGAAGUUCAGAUUCAGCAUGGAUUUUUGUCAGGUAGCUCUAAUGCCUGCUGUUUGUUUUCUUAUUCUUUUUUCUGCCUUUCCUUCCUUCCUUUUCUUUCUUCCUUUCUUUUUUAGUUGAAGUUUAAGAGGGAAAGUACCAGUGUUCAGAUUUGAACUAUAAUAGUUUGUAUAUUCAACAUUUGAAGCAUAUUCUAUUUUGUUGUACUCUUGUUUCAAAGUGUAUUCAAGUAGGUUUUCUGAAAUAUAGAAAUGAAAUUUCUAUCUCGUGUUUCAGUCUCUGGUGAUGUUUUUAACAAUUCAGAAGCCGAAAUAGAGAUGUUGUUUUAAAUGAGCAAUACAAGUCCUAGUUUUCUUCCCAACUACUGCGUGGUAAAGUGCUACUUCUGUUCCAUGCUAUGUUGUCAGUACUUGGUGAAUAUCUGCUUGCCUCUUUCUACUUGUUGUCAUUAACUGCAGUGGUCUACUUAACCACGUCGAACCUGGUCACACUUAAUUUAUACACAUAAGACAUUUCAGGGCUGGGGUGCAGCUCUUUACUGGCAGUGCACAAGGCCCUGGGUUCUUACUCCAAGCACAGCAAGAAAAAAAAAAAAAUUCAAAUCUGA